AUACCUAUAGGUUCGAUUGUAAGAGUUAAAUAAUAUUGUACAAAUUUAAUUUUGUUCAAAGGUAGAAAUAUUUAAUAUGUUUAAUGUAUGUAAUAUGUAUAUAAUGAGUAGUAGUUACUUACCUAUUCUUGACUAGGUGUUUUAAAGAGCAGAGAAUUUCAUAUAAUGGUUAUAUUUUGUGUGUUGUAAAUUUAAUACUAGCACGAUUAUUUAAAAUGUCAGAAAACUACAAAAUACAGGUAAAUGGAUUUCUUAUAUACUAUAUCAUCUCCUUUACCUGCAUCCCAAUUAUUUGGGGUUCGCUCUUUUCGUCCUAAACUUCCAUUUGACUUGAUCUUCCUCGAUUCACAUACUUAUUCUCAAAAAUCCAAUCAUCUCUUUUUGGUCUUCCUUUUUCCCUUUUCAAAACUUAAAGUCAUAAAUGCUAGGUCAUUAUCAUAAAAAUGUGUUCUUUCAGUUGAAACAAGUUGAACAAUCUAUUCAACAUUCAACCAGUGAGGACCAAUUGAAUGAGCUGUUGUCAUUACGAGAUAGUUUAAUCGAACUUAUAGCUUUGACUUCCGAAAGUCCUGCAACCAAGCAGACUGCUGAACAGUUUUUAGAUGACGAAUAUGCUUUAUUUAAGGUAGACACAUGAAAUAAAUGCACUAAACCUCACCAUUUAUUAUUAUCAAAUAUUUUAUUUUUUUUUUUUUUUGAAAUUAUUUGUUUUUUGGCCCUAAUUUUGUAAAUAUUUCACUUGUUUUUCAAAAAUCAUUAUAGAAGUUAUGACGAAAAAAUGUUUUGUAGUAAUAUGUGUGGGGGAAAAGCAAUAUACCUAACACCUAACCUACAUUUUCAAUCUGAUACUACUUCAAAAAGGAUAGUGUGCUAAACGUAAACAUGAACCUUGGUACUCGAGACCCAGGUCUUCAUAUUGAACUUGCAAAACUUUAAAAACUACUUCAAAUUGCUAUAACUUCUUAAAUAAUAUUUUCCGAAAAAUUCUAAUUCCAUCAUCAUAUUCAAUGAAAACGACAUUUAAAAAGAAAAAAAAAUGGAAUAUUUAGUUUUUGUUAUACAUUUUUUCUAAUGGUUUUCCCGAAAAAUUCAAACAUUUCAAUGUUAGGAAACAUUUUUUUCUAAAAAGAAGAAUUUGAAAAUUGUAAGUUAAUUGGUAAAUUGCACUUAAGUCUACUUUCCUACCAAAUACAAUAAUAUACAUUUCAUGGUACCUAUUAGUUUUCAUUAAACGUUUAAAUAAAAAUUUUACAGGCUGAAAUCAAUGCAACUCAUGAAAACGAUAAUAACUAUGACAAAGAUGAGCAGUCAUCCUGUGAUAUUUUAUAUGUUUCUAAAAAUGACAAAGUAUGUACAAAACAAUAAAAUUAAAUCAUAAAUAUGAGUAAUUUAUACAGCCUUUGAAUGAAUGUGUAUUUUUAGUUUAGUAUAUAGUUAUACUAAACAUUUAUGCAACAAAUUAUAUCUAAAUUUGUAUGUUAUAUUUUAUAGGUAACUACUGAUUUCCAAUCUCAUAUUUCAACUAUUGAAAUAAAUUCAGAUAGUGAUAGUUCUUGUGAAAUUGUUAAUGAUCGUCUUGAAUCUCCUGGAAUUGAAGUAAAUUUAUUAUGAUUUGUUUUUAUUACACUGUUAUAUUUUUGUAUGUACACACUAUAGUUGCAUACCACAUCUGAUUUGCUUUAUGAACUAAUUUUUGAUAAAAAUUUGUUUUUUAUCAGAAUGAGUUGGCUAAUUUGCAAGGAUCUAAGUGUCAAGCUCCAUUUAAAAAUGAAUUUGAUGAAAUGUCAACUUAUCAUAAUGCACUUAUUAUGUCUGUUGAAAUGAACAAUUCAACAGAUCAACAAUCAUUGGAUGAUAUAAUGGUAAAUUUAAGUAAAUAAUAAAAUUAACUUUAUUUUGUGAAUUCAGCUAUUACACAAAAAGACAUAGGUAAUUAUUUUUUAUUAUUAAAACAAUUACCAUUACAUUAGUGUAAAAUUCCAUGUUGCAUAAGUUAGAUUAAAUUAAAUAUACCCAAUCAAUUAAGACAUGUAUUAUUUUGUAUUAGUAACAUUUAUUUUAUAAACAUAAGAAAAAUGUGAUUGGUUAAUCUGCCCUUCAGAACCAAUAAUUUUUCUAUAAAUAUGUAUAAUAUAAAAAUGUACAGUAAAACACAGUUUUAAUUGUGUGUGCAAUUAUUUUACAGGUAACUGUAUUCUAUACCAACCCUGUAUGUAAUCAAAUGUUACCUUGUCAAUACUUUUUGAAUGGUGAAUGCAAGUAUUCUAAUGAUAGAUGUUAUUUUUCACAUGGACAUCAAGUUCCAUUAUCACAUCUCACAGAAUUUAAGUAAUUGUCUUUAAUAAUUGUUGACUGAUUAAGUAUAGUGUAACUUGAUAUAAAAUAUUUAAUUGUUUGUUAAUUUUGUGUUUUUUUUUUUUUAAUACUUAUAGAGAACCUGAUUUUAACCUUUUGAAAGUGGGAAGUUUAGUAUUAGCAAAAUCUUGUGAAGGUGGUCUUUGGGCAAGAGCAAUUAUUGUAGAUAUUGUACACAGCACUUCAACUAAUGAGGGAACAUGUGUUGUUAAAUUUGAAAUCAAAGGACUUGGGGAAAUAGAAGUUCCAAUGCAAAAUAUUUUUCCCCUGAUUGGCAAUGGUAUGUUAUUUUAAUGUUUAUGAAUGGAUAUUAUAUAAGAUAUAUCUAACAUUAAUACCUGAAACCUAAAAUAACAUUGUUCUGUUCAAUAUUUUUAAGAUUUUUUUUCUUACUCUAUGAUUCCUCUAUUAAUUUUUUAUUUGAAACUAAAAAUAAAAAUUAUAUGUAAAUAAAUAUGUAUGUAUUAUAUUUUAUUAACUAUAUUUAUUUAUGAGUAUUAAACAUUUUAAUAGUUUUUAUUAUUUUAUUGUUUUCAAAAUUCAAGAUGACCAUUUUAUAAAUAUAUUUUGAAAUAAAAUUUUAUUGUCACAAAUAUUUACUAAUGAUGAAUCGUUAAGUUUCUACAAUAUGUCAAGUGUUCAAAAGUCAAUUUGAAUAAAUUCAUGUUUUAUAAAAGUCAUGUGUUGUAAAUAUAAUUUUAGAAAAAAUCUAGAUUUAGCUCUGAUGGAAAAUACAUUUUAAUCUUGAACUAGAUUAUUUAAUCAAUUAUUUGAAAUACAUGAAUCAGUUGAAAGAGGAAACAGAGCUAUUAUAUUCAUUUCAAUUUCAUAUCUAUACAUUUUAUCUAUAUAUAUAUAUAUAUUUAUAACAUAUGACUGAGAAAUAAUGAAAAAUAUUAAACAGAACAAAAUUUAUUUCAGGUGUCAGAUCUUCGUGUUUCGGCUUGUAUUAAUUCAGGGGGGGAUGAGAGUGAUCUAUUCACUUCUAUUACAUUAUAUUAACAGUUCUAAAAAAUUACCUUUUUCCUUUCCUUGACAAAAUCAUUUGAUUGCCACCAAUGUAUUUAUAUAUAUUUUUAUAGACAAUGAAUUGCUCGAGAUUGCAUCUGAUAGUGAUGAAAACAGUAAAACUAUAGAACGUGAUGCAGCGAUUGUUAAUAAAGUACUAUUAAAUGCAGAACCUGUACAAUCUCUAGGUAGUUGGGAAAAACACACAAAGGUAAUUAUUAUUAAAUUUAUUAAAUAAAAUUAAGGAAUUAUAUUGGAAUACCUACUAAAAAUCUUACUUUAUAUUAUUUUCUGAUAGCUACAAUCAUGACAAAUCGGUUUUUAAUAUUACUCAUAGCUUUGUAUUGUUAUUAUUUAUAUAUCAUCCAAUAUUAAACAUUCUUUUUUUUUUAUUAUUUAAUUUUAUAAUAGGGUAUUGGUUCAAAAUUGAUGGCUAAAAUGGGGUAUAUAAUGGGAGCAGGUUUAGGUAAAAACGGUGAAGGGCGGAUUAUUCCUGUGGAGGCUACAGUCUUACCAAAAGGAAAAUCAUUAGGUAAGCAGCAAAAUAUGUUGCAAUAAAGUUCAAUCAAUGUUAUUUAUUUUGUAUGUUAUUUUCAGAUCACUGUAUGUCUAUAAAGAAUACAGUACAAAUUCAAAAUGCUCGAAAAAAGCACAAGCAACAAAUGCAAUUAGAACGAUCUAUGAAGAAAUCGUAUGAAAAAGCAUUAGAAAAGCCACCUGAUGUUUUUACAUUUCUCAAUAGCAAUCUUAGUAAGAGAAUCAAGUAUAUAGUUAAAUUAAAUUUGUAUUUUACCUUAUACCUUGUUUAUAGAUAUUAAAAGUACUAAUGAAAAUAAAAACACAAUUGACGAAAAAAAAUUGAAAAGUUCUACUAAACAUGACUUAAAUGUUAGAAGUUUGAAAAUUGAAGAAGACAUAAAACGACAACAAAUACAAAUACAAGAAUUAAAUUACAAAUUGAAUCAAAGUAUGGUUGGUUCUGUACAACGUAAUGUGGUUAAUCAGAAAUUGAAUGAAGCCAAUAUUCAUCUCACAAAUUUGAGAACUGAAGAAAAAUCAAUACAAAAAGAACACACAUAUAGAGAAACACAUAAAAAAAUGACUGUAUUUUAAUUAAAAAACAUUUAUUGAUAUUUAUUUUAUCUGGUGUUAGUAUUAGUAUUUUUAGGGAAAAAUAUAUCUACCCAAAUAAUUGAAUAUAAGUAAUUAAAAAAAAUAUAGUAAUUUAAAAUUAUAUUUAUGAACUUAUUGUGUAUAAUAUAAUAAUAUUAUCAUAUGUAUAAGUAAUAAUUGUUAAGAUUAAUUCUUAUUGAUUCAUUGCCGUAAAAUAUGUGACCACCACUUGGAUUUACAAGUUAAGACUAUUCAAAUUGUCCAACAAAAAAUUUAAUUAAAUUUGAAUAUAUGGUUAACCAUAUAACAUUUAUAUUUAAAUAAAAAAUUCAAAUUAAAAGUAAUGCCAUUAUAUUUUCGAAUGUUAUUAUUGUUGACUAAUGAUUAUAUUUUUUACUUCAUAAUUGUUUAAACUAACGGCUUUCAAUAGUAUAUGAAAAAUAAAAAAUACAAUUAAUUAUACUAAAUAUUAUAAUCAAUAUAAGUACAGAACAAAUUUUUACACAACAAUCAUUUAAGAUCUAAUAACGUUGAUUAUCUUUAUAACCCUUGUAAACGGAAAACUUUGUUGAACUUACUUAUUUAUACUUUCUUAUAUAUACCUUCCUAGAACAUUAAACAAGAAUUGACCAAGAGUUUAAGUGUAACCCUCACAGUCGUGUGUGAUUGGCCUGAACAAAGUAGAAUAAAUACACAAAAAAAAACCAAACUCUCAUGAAAAUAUGUAAGGGAUAACCAUAAACUAAUGGAUCCCACAAAAGUUAACUUAUUAACAUUCAUAUCUUACAAUAUUUAUUUUAAUUAAAUGUUUUAAUAAUCUCAUGAUUUUUAAAUUUUGAUAUGAAAUGUUUAAAUGUUAUUAUUCUCAGUAAUUAAUACAAAAAAAAGACGUCCUAGGAUAAUAGAAACGGGUGCAAGUCAUUGUUAUAGGUAAUUUAAUGUACCUCUGUAAAGAGAGAUAAACGAUUGUUAAUGAAAAAAAAACGAUUCUAAAUGCAGUUCAGUUGAUUGUGAUACUUUGUCA